AGUGACGGCAGCAUAAUGCUUCGCUGGAGGAACAGGACCUGAGUGCAGAUUGCAGACAGAAGAUAGUAAAACCUCAGACAAUUAAGGCCCACUUUAAGUGGGUGGAAAGCCGGAAAAGCGACCAAGAUGUCGACGCAGAGAAAUGCAGUCGGCAAUUGGCUGUUGGUCUUAACAGCCGUUAUCGGAUUUCUAACUUUCAUAUGGAUUCCGCAGACCUCAGCCGAAUGUCAAACGCGAUCGAUUUACUGCUAUGAGUGCGAUUCCUGGACAGAUGCCCGCUGCAAGGAUCCUUUCAACUAUACUGCCCUGCCAAGGGACCAACCGCCCUUGAUGACCUGCAACGGUUGCUGCGUAAAAAUGGUGCGGCAUCAGAGAUCACCGUACGAGGUGGUGCGACGCAUGUGUACGUCACAGUUACAGAUCAAUUUAUUCAUGGUCGAUCACGUGUGCAUGAUGGAAAGUUCAGGCAAUGGACAUAUGUGCUUUUGUGAGGAAGAUAUGUGCAAUUCUAGUAAAAAUUUACACACUAACGGUUGCCAGCUGCAUCUCAUACCCAUCGCAGUGGCAGUGUCAUGGCUAAUUUCUCGAUUGCUCAGCAGAUAGAAAGUGUUAGGCUCACCCACAGAUAUCCACACACACACAUACAGACACUCUCAGAACAUAUAGAACAUACAACACACAUAGAUAAAUACCCUACACGAACUCACUAUCUCUCUUCCUAUCUCUAUCUAAGCGUUUGAUUUGUAGCUUGAUUUGAUUUCAUUACGAUAACAGUUUACGAUUGAUUUGAUUUUGGAGCACAGUCCUGAGAAGAACGGACUUCGAGUAGUUUUUGAUCAGCACCUAGCGAAAGCUCGAGUUACCGAUCCAAGGAAUGUGAAUGCAUACCAAAGCUUCCAAAGACAGAAGGCUUUCUCAAUUUUGACUAUCACACACACACACACACAGUAAACACAGACACUAUAUAUAGCGAGCUUUGGAUGCACAGAGUUCUUGAGAUGCGAGUUAUCGAUUCCAAUCGAAAUCGAAUCUGAAUCCGAACUCGUAGUCGGUAUUUGAAUUGCAUGUUGUUGAUGCUAAAGCUGAAGCAUGUAGCGCUUAAGUAGGAAUUGUAGUGAUUAUUACAUUUUGAUUUCGUUGUUACUUACAUUUGUAAAUGCCCCCGACCAGAGGGCCAAACCAAAAAGAAAAAACCGAAGCCAGUAAUCGAUUCACACCUUAAUACGUUUAUAGACUUACUUUUAAACAUUUGUCUAAAUCAUAUGUAAACUUGGAAUAACUCGACACCCCAGAGACACACUGUAUAUAUAGUCAGCCCCAAAAACCAAAAGCGAAAACCCAAAAAAGAAAUAUCAAAUAUCAUCCAAAAAGUAUUUGCAGUGACCAAGUGGAACAUUUGCUCAUCUUGUUUAUUCCAAAGUCGGAAGUGAACUCCAUAAUGCAUAAAACGUUACUUUGUUGUUAAUACUCUGUAUCCUAGAUCUUAGCCAUUAAGCUGUACUCUCGGUUCUCGCUUGGACCUUAAAAAAUCCAAAAAAAAAAAAAAAAAAAGAACACAAAUAAUCCCCACGCAUCAUAUCACGUAACGAAGCAACAAUGAGACCGAACUUUGGUGACCUAUCGAUCUUAGUGUAGUUAACCUCAUAGAACCUGCCACCAGCACCAAAACUGUAUAAAGUACCGAUCACCCUGGUCCCUUUUGGUUUAUGUUCAACAAGUGAUAAUUAGAUUGUAAGUAGAUGAUACCCGAUCCCAAAUUCCGAUCCCGUACCCAAGAUCCGUUAACAGCCCGUAUCCCUCAUUAUGAAAUUGAAAUUGAAUCAAUUCUCAUUCAUGCUAGUGAUAGUUUUAAAACGAAUCGAAUCGAAUCGGAACUUAUAGCUUACAUAGUUUAUGAUUUACAUUUUUGGAAUUUGACUUAAUAUUAUGAAUUAAUAGUUAUGAUUAUUAUCAUCUCGACUAGAGUAUUCGACUUGAAGUUUUGUAUUCUAAGCGUAAAACUUUUCAUUUGUAUAAUUGAAGAUUGGCUAAUAAACAACCAUUUUUACCAUACGUAUAUAUCUCUAGCAAAAUUUACUCUCAACUUUUGCCGUUAACUUUUAGCUAUUAUAUUUGCUUUAUCUACUUGCUACUCACUUAACCAACUUUUCAACAUUCGUGCACUUUUGCCCACGCAUUUGUAUAAUACUUACCCCUAGACUUGGCUUUAGUUCAAAAAUGCUUAACGAAAAAAAAACUAACUAAAAAAAAGAAAACAAUAGAAUAUCCAUAUCCGUCCAACCGGGAAGCAUGUGAAUUAAUUUCGUUGCUUGGGCACAGGUAAGUCACAAGCCAAAACAACCCAAAAAUGAAAAAAAAAAACAAAUUAAAUCCAAAAAAUUCAAGUACAGUUGCGCACCGUUUUCUUAGUUCGAUCUUGCCUCGCUCGUAGAUGGAUGGGAUAUCGGAUUUUAGCCGGCCUAUCUUGGUGGUACACACACACAAACACACACUUUCACUCCUCCCUCGAUCCAGCACCCUUCCCGCCUCCUAGCCCCCCUCCACGAAAAGAAGCCCCCUACACUUAGCGAAAAUCCCCAAUGCAAUGUUUACACCAUUCGUUUUUCUGUUCGAUUUGUAUGGUUUCUUGCUUUCCUGGUAUGUUGGUUUGUUCGAUAACAGAUAAACUUAUAUAUUUUAACCACAAAUAUCUAACCGAUUUUGGUUUGUGAAUGUUGACAAUAUUCUUAUAACCAGUAUUUGAUUGAUUGAUUGACGGUUAAUGCGUUUCAAAGUUUAAACAAAAACAAAAACAAAAACAAUAAACAUUAAUCGAAAAAAGGCAAUGAAGUUAAAAACAAAACAAAAAACAAAAAUAAAAUACACACGGAUUAUGUAGUGCAAAAAUAACAUAUUUUAAUUUAGUACUUUUUGUAGUUUCAACAUCAACUAUCUCAGCGCCAACAUACUCUAUAUUUCUCUUUCUCUGUAUCUCCUCUAUAUCUCUCUGUAUAUCUUUCUAUCUGUUUAACUAUCUCACACUAUCCUAACAACUCUGUUUGAUCUUAAGACUAUUUUUACUAACUUUCUUCCAAAACAGAAACCACAUAGAACUCUUUCACUAGAGCCACACCUGUAGCAUAUAAACUAAACUAAACUAAAAAAAAAAACAGCAACAAUUGAAGUACACGCAAAAACACAAAAACACUCACUGAAUGUUAGCGAAAUAUAUACAGAAAAUACGAUACAGUUACAGAAUUAGCGAUGCACUUAGAGAAAACGAUCAACCAACUCAUGAAUAUACUAUAAAACAAAUGGUAAAUUUUUACUACUUGUAGGCGCGUUUUUUCAGACAAAAACAUGAAUAUUAAAACCGUUCGCAGAGCCCGACAAUGGUGGGCCUUAGCUUCAAAUCCAUAGAUUCCUCACAAUACAAAAAGCACUAAAUUAAUAUCAAAGAUCUUACCAAUAUAGCGCAAUGCUAACUAAACUGAUUAUUGGUAUUGGUUGAUGAAUAUUGCAAAAGAAAAGAGAUAAAACCAAAGAGACACAAAAAGCCCACAAAACCAACUCUCUAGAAGAAUCAGCAGUCGCUUUUAUGUUUUAAGUUGAUUUAUUGGUUGGCUCUUUAGUUCGAUUAUCCAUCUUGAUAAUAGCAGAUAAUUCAGAUUUUAAAUUCAGUUAACACUUCAGCUCACCACGCUCACAUCUGGUAUUCCCCACCACUCGCUCACUCACUCACUCACCUCAACUCACCUUUUCUUCGCCCACCUCGCCAGGUGGCGCCUGCGCAGAUGGCGUUCACAUAUGUUCCACCAGUGGCGUACAAUGGAAAAUGUCAAAAGGGGCUAUUUCAGUUUAAAGAAAACCUCUUCACCUUUGUACGCCACUGUUUUCCACCACCAACAAGAUUGCGCAGGUGCGACAGAGAGCUCUUGAUCUCUCUCUCACAGCUGCGACACGCCCCACCACCCACAGCCACCCACGAAAAUGGUGCUUUUUCACAUACGACACCACUGUCUGACUAUGUUUUUCAUCAUGUACGCCAUCGCAAUCCAUGCCACAGUGGUCGCAAUGCCGCGACAGCCGUUCCACAAAUACAACCGAAUAUUAUAUAAUUUUUUUAUAAAAUUAAAUUCUUGCAUUUUGUGGACGGCAGGAGCGCGUGCAUUGCCGAGCAGCUGAAACUUCGAGGGUAGAAAUGAAAAAAUCGGGCGCCGCCUGUAACCGGCGAAUAUUCCCCCCAAAAAUCGCUCUUGGCCACAGGCGGUCGCCGCCCCAACUGUAAUUGUGAACGUCCGUGCGGCCAUUAACCAAAAAUAAAAAUACAAAAAAAAAGAUACAAAAUAAUCCGAAGAAAACUAAGGAUACUAAAGCAGCUGAAAACCCGUUGGAGGAUCGGCGCGGGAUCUAAUCAAAUCAAGCUUCUUCUGCUUGGGGCUUUAAAAACAAAGCUUUGAGGCUUAACUUUUACUAAGCAGGUGCUUCCAACUCGCUUUGCUGGACAAAUAUAUAUACCAACAUAAAUUACCAUUCAAAAUCGCUUGGCCAAAUCAGCAUUACUCCCAGAAAUUGUUAAAGAAUGUCGACAAUAUUUUAAUUGUAUUCCAAAACCAAAAAUGAAAAGAGAUGAAAAGUCAACGAGCACCUUAAAACUAUCAAGACAUUGUAACUAGCAAAUAAACAAAGUUAAGCAAAACAGCGAGUACGAAAAGCCUUGUAAGAGAUUAUAAUAAAACAAAAGCAUUUAAACGAA